AUGGGUCAACAACAAUUUGUAUUCCUUCUGAUGAUAAACAUUUUUAAUAUCAAUGAAGCAGCAGCCUUAACAGUGCUUAUGGACUAUACCGACUGGAGGGAGGUUGCUUUGGCUUCAGCAAAAAUCUAUAUGGAAUCUGGCCUAUCUAUUAGCCUGUAUAUAGUCAUCUUCGGAUAUAUGAGCAUUGGCGCACUCUUCACAUCCAUGAACAGAUAUAUGCGUGAAGAGUUUCAACCGAGAGCCAAAUGUCUGGACUAUGUUUUAAGGCGAAAAUUUAAUUAUCGCUCACAACAUUAUAGGCGCAAGCUCAUUCGUAUGACUAGAGAGCUAAAUGAGUGUCUAAGCAUUUACAAUGACAUUUAUCGUGCAGCUGAAAGUUUUCAUUAUAAUUUUCGCUUACAUAUAUUCUUUGCUCUCUUAUAUGGCUUCAGUGCUCUUACUAUAAUAAUGUACAGUGUCCUAUAUACGCAAGCUGUUACUGAAAUAUUCGAAUUGCAAGGAUGGGUAUAUUGCGUUAAGAUAUUCCUGGAAGAGCUAAUAGUAAUUUUAUCUGCAUACUCGGCGGUUCAGAGCGGCAUUGCUGCCAACAAAUUGAGUUUGGACAGCGUGUAUAUGGGUGGCAAUAAGGAAUGGAAUCGAAGUGUGGAAAUAUUCAUCAAUCGUAUUAAUUUGUACGAAUUCAAGCCGAAUAUUUUUGGUUUAUUUGACGUUUCAAGCGAUAUUUUGCUGAUGUUCAUCUCUGGUUCCGUAACAUAUUUAACCUACAUCCUGCAAAAUACCAUACUAAGCCAACAGUAAAUUUGGUCCGAAAUAAUACAGCGAUACGGACAAUAAGUACUGACUAAGGGAGCCAUUUGUGGUACCGUUGCGGUUGCAUGCAACAUUCUAUGCACGAAGUUAAAAGGGGACCCCGUCUCACAUGUCUACCUACGAGUAUGAACACAAAUAUCCGCUAUACAUUGAAAUGCAUAUAAAUAUCGAUGUGAUUUCAACCCUAUUCUUGAGUAUUAUUAUCAUCCGACAAUGGCGUCAACCCGCAAGCUAUUCAACUACGAGCCGAACAUGUCCACCUGUCUCACGGAAUGAUAUGUUGUGU